CAUAUGUGUGUGUGUAUGUGCCUGUGUGGUUGUUUCCAUUUUUUUAAAAUCCAUAUUGGACCGUUACAUUUAAUUAUAAUCCGGCUUCAGAGAUAACUUAAAGAAGUAUAGAGAGAAAAUUCGUUAUGACAUCUGUCGCCAGCAAGGGCAACUCAUUACCACGUUAAAACCGUUGCCAGAACGAAAAUCAGAAUAAUACCCCUAAUAAUAUAAUGAAGUGGAGGGAAAUCACCACCAGCUCGCCAGGAAUGGGGAGUUCUCGCUAGAAAGCAGGACUCUCCUUUCUUUCGAAACGCAGGGAAAGGAGGGGGGGAAUUUUGGAUCUGAUUCGUUAUUUUAAAAAGAAAGAAAAAUAGGGGUUCAAAAAAAAAAAAAAAAGAAGGGAAGGAAGGAAGGAAGGAAGAAAGGAAGGCAAACAGGCGGCAAAGCUUUCUCUAUGUGUAACGCUGUAACAUAGGGACGGGACUUGUGUGUAUUCUCGGUAGUUUCCUCUGUUUGAUGACUUUUUUUUUGUGUCAGCCCCAGAUAUUACAGCUGUGAUCAGGAGGAGGAUGGAUAGAUGGAUGGACAGAUAGAUAGAUAGAUAGUUUUUAUUUCAGUGCGUGGAUUCCUUUCACUUUACUGUAUUAAGGGCAGGCUGGGCUGUUUAUGAUUUUUUGAACAGACCUUUAUGGCACCAGCCCAAGGUAGGAAAGGAUCUUUUGUUGCUGGGGUUGCCGCUCGCAAGCUUAGACGCUUCUGCAGGGGGAGAAGCUAUGCAGGACAGCGUGCUUGGAAGAACCGUACCCGGGGCUUUCAAUGACAAACCUCCAGUUUUGGGGUCUUCUUUUCACUUCUUCUUUUCAGAUACGUCAUGACGGAUCAAACAGUUACCGUUUGAUGCAGCUUGGAUGCCUGGAGUCUGUGGCCAACUCGACCGUCGCCUAUUCCUCCUCAUCUCCUCUCACUUACUCUACCACGGGCACCGAGUUCGCCUCCCCGUACUUCUCCACUAACCACCAGUACACCCCACUGCACCACCAGUCCUUCCACUACGAGUUCCAACACAGCCACCCGGCAGUCAACCCCGACGCUUACUCCUUGAACUCUCUCCAUCACUCCCAGCAAUAUUACCAGCAGAUCCACCAUGGAGAACCCACUGAUUUUAUCAACCUGCACAAUGCGCGGGCGCUCAAGUCCUCUUGCUUGGACGAGCAGAGGAGAGAGCUCGGGUGCUUAGAUGCUUACCGCCGCCACGACCUGUCUCUUAUGAGCCAUGGAUCCCAAUAUGGGAUGCAUCCAGAUCAAAGACUCCUGCCAGGACCAAGCCUCGGGCUUGCAGCCUCGGGAGCAGACGAUUUGCAGAGCUCAGUGGAGGCCCAGUGUGGACUUGUACUCAACGGGCAAGGAGGUGUGAUAAGAAGAGGUGGCACUUGUGUUGUGAACCCCACAGACCUGUUCUGCUCCGUCCCUGGCCGCUUGUCUCUCCUCAGCUCCACUUCCAAGUACAAAGUGACCAUUGCAGAGGUGAAGAGGCGCCUUUCACCCCCAGAAUGCCUCAACGCCUCCCUCCUGGGAGGGAUUUUGAGAAGAGCGAAAUCUAAGAAUGGAGGACGCUGCUUGAGAGAAAAAUUAGACAGACUGGGACUGAAUUUGCCUGCAGGAAGAAGAAAAGCAGCAAAUGUCACGCUCUUGACUUCCUUGGUAGAAGGGGAAGCACUACAUUUGGCCAGAGAUUUCGGCUACACCUGUGAAACAGAGUUCCCUGCCAAGGCGGUGGGAGAGCACAUUGCCAGGCAGCACAUGGAACAGAAAGAGCAGACAGCGAGGAAAAAGAUGAUCCUAGCGACAAAACAAAUAUGUAAAGAAUUCCAAGACCUUCUAAGUCAAGACAGAUCACCCCUCGGAUCCUCCAGACCGACUCCAAUAUUAGACCUCGACAUCCAGAGACAUUUAACACAUUUCAGUUUGAUCACUCAUGGUUUUGGAACUCCUGCAAUAUGUGCUGCCCUAAGCACUUUCCAAACUGUUCUCAGUGAAAUGCUGAACUACUUGGAAAAGCACACAUCGCACAAAAACGGAGGAGCGGCGGAAUCCGGCCAAGGACACGCCAACUCGGAGAAAGCCCCCCUGCGGAAAACUUCAGAGGCUGCUGUGAAAGAGGGCAAAACAGAAAAGACAGACUAGCUACAUCAAACAGAAUCUAUUUCGAGAGAGUCUUGCUGCUGAUAUUUUUUUUAAAUAUAUAUAUCAUUGAGGGCAAUUUAUCUCCAGUGGACCAAAUCCCAAAAAAGAAAAAAAAAAAAAAAGGGGGGGGGGGAAGAAAAAAAAAAAAAGAAAAAAUCAAAAAAGAAAAUAAAAAAAAGAGAAAGAUUAAAACAGAGAGAAAGAGAGCGUGAGAGAGGAAAGUAUUCAACCCUAAGAACAGCAGUGUACAGUAAUUGUGUGAUGAAAUUGUCACUUUUUUAAAGUUUAUGUUGCUCUAAACUGCUUUUUUGUGCACGUAGUAUUUGAUUGUUCUGAAUGAUACACUAACACUGUUUUUUAUAAGCACUUCUGGACUUGGCUGAGGUGGCACAUGAAAUUUGAAACACUUUCUUCUCCGGCUGCAGAGUUAGGGUCAGUGCAUCAGUGGUGGGACACGCAGUUCCAGCAUCCUGACUUUGCUUGCAGGCUGGACAGAUUGGAAGAAGGGCUUCCUCUGAUCCAUCGGAAAUGCCUGAUCUGCUCACCAUUGGGAAAACAAUAUGGAAACCUGGCAAAAAAAGGAAUUCUUGGGUCAUGGGACAAAUGAACUGUUCUGUGUUGGGGGCUGCUCAUCCCCACAUGGGAAUGUACAACAAAGCUGCGCUGGAAUGAGGCCAGAACCUGUUGGGGAUCUGUCCUGGCCAUUCAAGCAGCAGCUGAAGCAUCUCUUGUGAAAAGAGCAUGGCAGACUAAAACAAAACCAAACCUUGGUAGUUUCAGUGAGAGCCCCAAUCCCUCUGUGAACUUCACUUUAAAUGACAGCACGGGCUUCUGUUUCCUGUUUUCUCAGCCCCUGAUCCCACAGCACUCUGCCACACCCGGGUCUCUGUUCAACACGCUCAGUGCAGGCAAUUGGAGUCACCUUUUGUGUUGCCUUGAUUUUAUAAUGCUUUCUUUUCCUCAACAGCUUGUUUCUGUAGCUUUAUUGUCUUUAUAAAUCUAGCUGAGGUGCAGAGGUCUAACAGAAUCCAGUCACUGAAAAUAAAACAAAAACAGAAUGAUAAAUAAGACAGAUUGACUUAGUCCACAGCAGCUUAGUGGCAAUAACCUUACUAAUGUGCUUUUAAAAUAUUCCUUUACCACCUGCCACUCAUCCUCACACAGAAAAUAUGGGACUCAUAGUUUAAGCUCAAAACUCUUUGAGUCAAGGGAAUUUUUCCAGUCACAUUCUAACUCCUUCUUCAACAAGACCUUUAUUCCAUUCCUUUUCUUGUUUCUCUGACACUGCUUUAUUGAGAGAAAUAGGAAGGAAUGGCUUUACAGGGAGAGCUUAAUGUUUUCCAUCUAUACUCUAUUUAAGACCAGCAGAACCAGACCUUUUCUUCCAAGGGACAAUUCAAGUCUUUCUUGGUAGGAAUGGUAGGAAAUAAUAUAGUUGUCCACAAGCAAAAGUUUAGAGCCAUUUGUGACGUUUUAGGCAUCUAAGACAGCCAGAGUUUUGUCAGAUAUGACAUGAAAUCUAUAGGAGAACUGGACUCACCUGGAGGAGGAGCCGGAGGAUCCCAGAGGCAGCACUAGAUGACUACAGGUUUCCACUUGACUUGCAUGCCAAGUGUUUAGGACAGAUAGAAGGGAUCAUCUGGAAGUGCCUGUCAUUCUCCACAGAUAACAGUUGGAACGUAACAGUGGCAUUUUGCCUUGUACCUCACUACAAAUGGUCUAAUCAUCCUCCUCUCCCUAAAAUCAGUGGAGAAAGAAAGGCACUUAUAAUACCCAGAGUAUCUCACCUCAUGGUGAUGAGGAAUGCCCUGAAAGGGUGUACUUUCCUCAAGUAGGUCUAUAUAUAUAAAGGAGGCCAGUAAAGGACAAAAGCUCUCUACAUUUUAGCUUUCUAGAACUUAGCACAAGUUACACCUUGGAGCAUCAGCUUUAGACUAAACCUGGGGGCUGUAACAAAUAUCCAAGGGUGUUUACAGCCAUGAUGUGAGGAGUCAAGCUCAAUUAACCAGGUCAUUCUCACCUUCCAAAUGCAUAGAAGGAAAUAUAUAGUGCUUAUGGUAUGAUGCUGUUCCUCUGGAGGUCAAUAAGGACAUUGCCAUCACUGUGGGAAAACACCAUAGAAAAUAAGGAGUCUCUGUUUGCUUACACAAGGAAAUCUGGGGGAAAAAUCCUAUGUUUUUGCCCAAAUUUGUCCUUGCUCAUGGUAGGUAGGCUUAGAUACCUACUCUAGUGCUAUCCAGGCACCAUCCACGCAUUAAAGAUAUAUCUCCAUUAAGGCUUAUCUCCAUUAAAGGUGUAUCUCCACAGGACUCCAUCUCCUUAACACACUAAGAUCAGAUAAGUGCCUCAAAAAACUUAAACUUUAGUGAAUGAAUUUUUCACUCCAGUGCUUCUGGAGAAAUGCUAAAAUCAAAUGAAUGAUCCUCAGUGGUGUCUUCAGCAGAAACAUUGUAGAGCUGUCCUAGAACAUGAAAUACUUGCAUGCCAAGGUAGGUAACCAUGAUUAAAAGUGAAAAGGAAACUCAUUCUGCUUUUUCUAUUGCCCAAACUGAGGGAUUAAAAAGGGGAAAAUCAAAAUUUGACUAUGUCAGAUAUGCAGAUUUGCCACAUGAAAAUUUGCUGUAAAACAAUUUAAUUGCAAACCUCUACUUCUAGAUGUGGAUAAAUUUAAAUUAGAUUUUGAUGGAGGGGAAAAAUAUAAGAAAAAAGUUUUUAACAUCCUUUUCAGUUUUCUCCACCAAAAAUAUCAACCUUCUGGAGAUGGAGGAAAGACUGAUUGGACAGAUUAAUCUGUGAAACUGUUGGGAAAGAAGCAUUUUAUUACCAUCAAAUUAAAAUUUCUAAUAUUAGAAAUAAUAUGCAUACAGCAUUAUUUGAAAUAUUUGCCUCUUCAGGACAUGGUCCAAAGUCCCAACAAUAAUUUAUUUCAAGACUUACGUCUUUUGCUGUUACAUAAUCACUAUGAGCCCCUGCUCUGCAGGCAACAAAUUAUUUUUGACCUGGAUUACCCUUUGAUCUAUUAAUAUUAAUAUUAAAUCUGAGCAUUCUUCAAGCCCCAGAACUUCUACUCUGUGACUUAAUGACCCCUGUAUAUUUUUGGUAAGUUUUAAUAUAAAUCUGAUUCAACCUGAUUGAACUGCUAUCUAUUCUUACCAUUAAGAAGCUACCUGUACUUACAUUCCAAACUUUCUGGUUUUUCCCAUAGCACAUUUUAAAAGCAAAAUUCUUUUAAAAUGUAGCUCCAAGUCUGAUGACAUUCAUGGGCUCUCUGUUUUUUAUUUUUAAUUGCACUCAACAAUUUUAUUAAGAGAAAAAUUAUUAUUACUGCCUUUUCUGCUGAACCAUCAGAAAAGUUUGGUGUCAAAAUGCCUUUAGUUUUUGAAAUUGGGACUUUCAGUGUGGUUUUAAGCAAUGAGUUCACUGAUUUUCCUGUUAAAAUCUCAGCCUAGAUUCUCAUCCAUUUAUAUUCCCAUGUUGUCCACAUGCCCAAGUUCCCAUGUUAUGGUUUUGGGGUUAUUUUUAUUAUUUUCUUAGUCCUUGUCUCUGUGGAAGUCUUUCCAUCUCAAAAUGCAUUCAUGGAUUAGAUUAGCCUGCAGGAAGGGCACGAUUUGAAGUUAGUGGGUGCUCACUGGUGGCAAAUUCAACUGUAUUUGUACCAUUUUGACUUAGAAAUUUUCUGACCCGAAAAACAAAAAAAAGUCUUCCUUUAAGAGAUCAUGGAAGUGUUUAUUCAAUGUCAAAACCACCAAAGGAGUACAGAAAAGUAUCCGAAGUUCUGUGGCCAGGACAAUGAAUCAUUAUGAUUUUUGAACUCCAAAAAUUGAUUCAAAUCCCAAGUUCUGUCUGAGUUGGAUCCUGUUGUACUUCAGCCCAUUGCUCAGCUCUGUAUGAGUUACACCUUUCUCACCACAAAUCUCAAAACCUUUUAAGUAGUUCCCUGAAUUAUACUCCUUAUCCUAAUCCCUGACACAUUGGCUCAAAAAGUCUGGAUCCUGAUACUUGGAUUUAUUAGCAAAUUGCUCAUGGAGUGAACAGAGUGAUAACCACACACCUAUUUUUGUGGAGCAAGGUGUUACUCACUGUGAGCACAAACAGUUCAUGUGUUGACUAAGAUUAGAAGGUAAAAGUCUGGCAGAGCAGGAGGAACAUUCCCACCCCCAGCCUCUGCCCUAAGAUUUGGUUCUCUGUACACACAGUCCUCCUUUAGUAUCAUUGUAUGUCAGAUAUGUGGAGUAAAGGCAGAGUUUUAUCAGAUGAUGAGAAUUGGAACAGAGUUCAUGUGGCCUAUAAAGGGAAAUGACCACAGACAUGCAGUGAUGACCCUGCCACCCACAACUGAAGACUGUCAAGAGUUUUGUCCUUCAUGCUGCCAUCUCUAACCCUAACUCCUUCUGGGUGUCAUUCUGUUGCCUUGGAGAACUGGCACAAGGGGUGAAUUUGGACCUUUCAUUUACUUCUUUUUUAAAGAUAAGCUCCAACAUUCGUUGGGAAAAGACUUCAGCUCUCCAAAUCAACAUGGAAUCUGCUCUUUUUGAAGCUUCUCUGUAACUUUUCCUAAAACCAGAAAAAUCUGCUCCAAAGCAGGCACAAUGUAUAGUCCUUCCAAAUCCUGGACCUCUGUGUAAAUAUUUCCCCAGCUCAUCUCUUCCUUUCAACAUGACUCAGUGGCACAGGUGCAGCUCACAGUUUUGCAGACAGGCUCCUGAAGGGCUGUUUAUUGUCCCAAGAGCCAAUUUCUCUAACUGCUACUUUUUGUUUGUUUGUUUGUUUCCUAAUACCAACAAGCAGUUUUGAUCUUAGAUAUCUUAGGUGUCCAAAAGGGCUUCUGGUGAAUUCCAAGGUCACUUGACUUUCGUUUAUCCUUUGGAGAAAUAGUUCUUCUGCUUUAGUUCUUUAUUUUAAGGAUGAGAAGAAACAGCAUUAAUAGAAGACAGAAGCCUGCAACACAAUGGAGAAUCAAUAAACAUGAUUAUACAGGAACUGUAUUUAUAAAAAUAUCCUUUGCUUCUGUCCUCAUUACAGGUUGGACAGGAAUUCACAUACAGCUGUGUGGGGAAUGGGGGAGGAAGAUAUAGUCAUUUUCCUUUGCCAGGUAAAGGUCAUUUGGAGAGGUCUGAUCUUUUUUAUUGCUAUUCUUUUCUUUAUUUUGUACAAUUAAUUCUGUUCUGUACAGCAGCUGUUGUGAUUGUAUUUAAAUGUGAGUGCGCACUUGGUCACCAACAAACGAUGUCCUAUUUAUUGGUUUGGGGUUUUGGUUUGGUUUGUUUUGUUUUUUUUUCCUUCCACUUAAGUUAAUUUAUACUUCAGUGGUGAAAACAUAAUCUUUUAUAUUUCUAUUUCCUAUACAAGCUACCUGUUUUACAUGAGUCUAUGAGGAUAAUGACCACAUUUGAUCAAGCAUUUCACGGCAAUAAAAUCUAUGUUGAUUUAA